CUAAUUUGAGUUUUAUAUAUAAAUAUAUUUAUUAUCUCAAAGGGACAUGGGUCAUUUGAAAAAAAAAAGAUAACUGACAUGUUUCUUAUAUAAAUAUCAUAUCUCUUCUUCUUUUUUUUUUUCUUCUUUGUUCAACUCAUGUCUUUUACAGAAAAGAAACAAGUUGAUGAAAUAAAAGUAGAGAAUAUACAUGAUCUCUCCGAUAUUUAUACUCCAGUUAUUGCUCCUACUGCAUCAUGGUCACAUCUAAAAUAUAAGCUAACUACAAGAGAUGGAUGGAUAGGCAACUAUGACUAUCGCGCGCUUUGUAUGCCUCGACUUCCAUUUAUAUCACGUCGAGCUAAUCAAUCGCCCUUUUAUGGACCUGAUGAUGACAUUCCCAUUCUUGUCACUAUUCUCAUGGGCAUUCAGCAUUUUUUAGCUGUCAUAGGUGGUAUCAUCACGCCUACCAUCAUAAUAUCAGGACAAGGAAGUUCUAAUUUGAACCUUGAUGAAGAUACUCGAAGAUAUAUGAUAUCAGCUUCCUUAAUUGUGUCUGGGCUGAUGAGUCUAGUACAGAUCAUUCGAAUUCGAAUCCCUAAAACACGCUUUUACAUUGGAGCUGGUUUACUUCAAAUCACAGGUGUUGCCUUUUGUAAUGUGCCUGCUGCGCAGGCUUUGAUUCAAAACAUGUAUAAAAGUGGAGAAUGCCCAACCGAGACCUUAUCUGACGGAACAAUCAGCUACUUGCCAUGUCCAGAUGCAUUUGGCGCUGUACUGGGGACUCAGAUGCUCUGUGCACUGCUGUCCAUUGCCAUCAGCUUCUUAUCCCCACGUGUGAUCCGUAAACUCUUUCCAAAAGUGGUCACUGGUAUUGUCUUGAUUGUGAUCGGGGCUACCUUGCUGACAUCUGGUAUGGAAAAUUGGGCUGGAGGUUCAGGCCCGUGUAUGAGUAGACCCAACAGUGGUCCAUUCACACUCUGUCCAAGCGCAUCGGCUCCUCAUGCUCAGCCCUGGGGAGGCCCUGUUAACUUUGCCCUUGGCGCGUCUGUCUUCUUUACGAUUAUUGUUAUCGAGUUGGUAGGAUCAGUCUUUCUAAAGAACAUAUCUGUUGUUAUUGGCUUAAUCAUUGGGUGCAUUAUUGCUGCUUCUGUGGGUAUGUUUGAUAGCUCCGGUAUUGCCAGUGCUCCUGUUGGUACAUUCUUAUGGGUAAAGCAUUUCAAGUGGGCGCUUCAUGGCCCUGGUGUUAUUCCCUUUCUUUUUGUACAGCUCAACAUGAUUAUUGAAUGUCUGGGAGACUUGACAGCUGCCUGUGAUGUCUCUGGAUUGCCUAUUGAAGGCUCUGCAUUUGAGGAACGUUGCCAAGGUGGGUUAUUAGCUGAUGGUAUCUCUGGUAUCUUUUCUGGGUUAGCUACAAGUAUGGGUGUGGUUACCUUUAGUCAAAACAAUGGUGUGAUCGCUGUCACUCGCUGCGCUAAUCGCCGCUCAGGCGCCGUAUGCGCUUUUCUCUUGAUCAUCUGCGGCGUAUUUAGUAAGAUCGCUGCUGCCUUUUUGGCUAUCCCUUCUCCCUUGAUCGGAGGCAUGACAGUAUUCCUGUUUGCUUCUGUCGCUACCUCUGGUGUACGCAUUCUUGGAUAUUUGGAUUGGACAAGGCGUGAUCGUGUGAUUGUUGCCUCAUCACUUGCCAUUGCUUUAGGUGUUUCAUUAGUUCCUGACUGGUUUACCUACGUCUUGCCUAGUUCUGAAAACCUAGCCUUGCAAGGCUUUUUAUCUGCAAUCACAACUGUCGUUAGUACUGGAUAUAUAAUGGCAGGCAUCAUGUCCGUUAUCCUCAACUUGAUUCUUCCUUACGAUAGCACGGAGCACGAAGAUCAAAUGGCUAGACAGACAAGAUUGAAUGGUGGCGCGGCGCUCCUGUAUAGUGAAUCGGCAAGCAAAAAUAGGAACACUGAUUCAUGUCAGGACGAAGAAUCAGCUUAGUCCUUAUAUAUGUGCACCUUAUUUAUCUUGAUUUGUAAAUAUUUAUCUUUUUGAAAACUACUCAUGUUUUUUUUUUUUUUUUU